CCGGGUUUAACAUUCCGUAAGGGUUUGUACAAUUGAGAUAAUUUAAAUCGUAGGAUAUUGUCUGCUUUAUAAAACAUUAGACAUUAAGCAUGGAUGAUUAUUGUUUAGAUUUAAAAAUGUUACCACAAAAUAGUAAACUGUAACCGCUCAAUGUACGAGAAAGAGAAAACUACAUAAAUUACGUCACAGAUGAUUUUUAGAUAGUGAAUACGCUUAAAGGAAUAGUGUACUAUUUAAAUAAAAAAAGAGACCUAAAGACUGACGUCACAUAUUCUAUAGGCAGUGGAUGUACUUAAAGUAAUAGUGCACUACUUAAAUAUAUUCUCAUUAGAUAAAUAUAGAUUCCAAAACAAAUGACGUCACAAAGGCUAGAGCAGGAAUUGGAGUGUCCUGUUUGCUUUGACAGAUUCAACAUACCAAAAGUACUGCCCUGCCAACAUACAUUUUGUGCUAAUUGUCUUGAAGGACUAAACGAUAGAGGCAGUGUAAAAUGUCCAGAAUGCCGUGUGAUACACACAGUUCCACCAAAUGGAUUCCCUAUCAACAUAACUAUGCAAAGGUUUCUGUCAUCCUCAGAGGUGCCAAAUAUUCCAACAAUAAAUGUACCUACACAUGAGACAGGACCUCAUCUACCCCUUCAGCCGACUGCUCCACCGUUGCAGCCAGCGCCUUCAAGGUUGCCACCUGUUCAGCCUAUCCCAGAACUCCCAGAACUUCCAUCACAAUACUAUUACGCUAACCAACCCUACCAACCGUACCAGCCCCAACACCCCCAAAGUCAAAACUCACAGAUAAAUCAUCCAUCCUCUCAAAACGCACCGUUACGUGGAGGCCAAACACAGAACCUGCCAACAUACGUUUCUCCGUCUCAGCCGUUACCAAGCAUCCAAACAUACGGAGGAAGGAGCGUACAGCCAUCUACUGCCGACUGUCAGGCAGCAAGAACGACGGAAACCGGAAAUACUUCCGAAGGCGGUAGUGACUUUGAUCAAUGCAAAACUACGUUCUUGAAAUAUUUUAAACUAACCCGGACAGGUGUCAGAACAGUGAUAAGCAGUUUUCUACACAAGUACCAAAAUUUUAUGGCCGUUACAACCUCAAUUUUCCUGAUUAUAACAUUUUCUAGAUUCGUCGCCGGAGCUGUAAAACUAUCAUCUGAUUGUCCUAAGGAAAGAAGGGUUGCACAAUAUUUGUUCGUUAAAUCCUGCCUCGGAUUCAUUUUCUGGUUUAUGCUGUUGCUUCUAGGGUGUAAAAAGCAACUAAUGAAUGCAAUGGACAAUCUUUUUGUAGAAGUAUAUGUCGUCAUAGAAUCAUUGUUUUCAAUCAUAUGGCUUAUAAUAGGAACUGUAUGGACAAUAGGUUUUAGAGACGAGAUGAUUGAUGAGUGCCCAAUCUAUGUACAGGAGUGGAAUAAACAUUUUAUCAACUUCGCCAUGUUUCUGACAGCAGUGGAUUGGAUAGGAAUCGUAGCGUUCGGGUUUUAUUGCUGCUAUGUACAAUUUGACAAAUCAAAUGAUGACGAUACAACCUAGACAGAUUGAAAGGUUUAGAUGAAAUAGGCUUAUGAGUAAACGUGUGGUUAAUAAAAAUCAAAUGUAUAUUAAGUUUAUAGUGUAAAGGGGCACUGAUUCCUAAAACAAUUGGGACAGAUGUUGUUUUCCCCACACACAAAGAGACAUUUUCUACCUCUAGCCAGCUUCAUUCUGUAAAUCUCUCAUAUUGAGACCCGUGAUUUUCAGCAUGAGUUUUAAGACGAGCGUCAGAAAAUAGCCUCAUCAUCGGUCAGUUUAAAUAGAAAUAACAUUGAUGUUAGGAACGUGUGUAACGUAUCUGCAAAAAGAAUCAAGUAAUAUACUUAUUGUUCAGUUUAUACUACUCUGUUUUAGCUCGAUUGUGAUGAAAGCUUCAAGCUUAUUGUAACCACUCUCGAGUCUGCUUCCUGGAUAAACAGUUCUUGUGUCAUAUGAGAAGUCAUGGUCGUGACCCCAGUGGGGAUCGAACCCAUGACCCCUGGAUUGAGCGACCGACACCUUAUCCACUAGACCACCGCUCUCCUUUUACUUAUUGUUUGUCAAAAACACAUCUAUAAAUAGAAUAUUGAUUUGACCCAACUCUCCCAUUCCAAUACUUACAUUAAAUAUUCGUCCUAUGAAUGCUACAAAAUGUGCCAACUGAAAAAUCUUUGUGUGAUAUAUAAUAGCUAUAUUGAUUUA